AUGAGCGCACAACCACCCUCGUCACACGACGAGCAGCAGCCUCCUACCACGGCCACAAGCCUCGUGCCGCCCACGCACGACCCGCUGCGAUCGCCCGCAUCUCCCCAGUACAGAGACUCGGUCAGCGCAAGCAGCAUCCCCUCGCACCACUCGGACAUUUACAUCAACAGCUACUACUACGGCAACGAGCACAUGCACGACUUUGGCACAAUCGCCUCGCCCGUACACUCGUCCAACGAUGAGCGCCUCGUCCGCAGGCUCAGCUGGGACCUCAACCAGCAGUCCGCUUCCCAACCGCCAUUCCGCACAUCGCACCACCGCGCAGAGUCGUCGAUAGAUGCUGGCAUCUUGGACGCUCCCCUGCCACUAUCCCCACAGCCACUCGACGAUUCAUUCCCUCCACCACGCAGAUCAUCGCUGCCGCUCGCCAAUUUGCAUCCAGCCUCGUCGCUCAACGACCUCCACGCCCAGCCCAUGCAAUACGGCUACAGUCGCGAAUCAGACGCCACAUACACGCAUCAGGAUCACGACCACGACAGAGCCAUCCUCAACCAUCACCAUCGCACAGCAUCCCCAGGCGCUCUGGAAGAUCCACCCCCGCACCUCAAAUCGAGCGCAGACGUAUACGCCACCGCCGGCCACAACCCGGGCAACUUUGCAAAGGCCAGGUCCAACCUCGACCGCCUCUCCAAGUCCAUUCGUCGGAUCAGCAGGCGCAUCGUACACCACAACCAACAAACACACCUCCCGCUCAACGACCACGAUGCAGACCAGGACGACAGCGAUGACUCGGCACGCACCGUCCAUCCAUCACCUUCACCACCGUCGGCACAACCGCACAUCAGCCCAACCACACACCACAUCCAGCUGCUCCGCGGCAAGAGUCUCGGCCUGUUCGCUCCCGAAAACAAGAUCCGCACAGCCCUGGCAUCCCUGCUCGCACAGUGGUGGAUCGAACCCGUCGUGCUCCUCCUCAUCCUCGCCAACACCGUCACCCUCGUCUUACAGUCCGCCCAGAGCGUCUAUCAGCAUCCUCGCCCGCAACACUUUUUCAGCGACACCUCCAACAUCAUCCUGCUCGCCAUAUUCGUCCUCUAUACCCUCGAGAUCCUCGCUCGCAUCAUCGUCUCGGGCCUCGUCAUCAAUCCGCCCCCGCUCUACGCCGCGCCCCUCGAUGACGUCGACAGUAGCCUCAAGCCCGCACAAUCCCAGCACUCCGAACACAAACGCCAGAUGAGCAGGUCCAACACGCUCGACACGCUCGGCACCCUCGGCGGCAACUUUAAGCAUCGCGCUCAGCGUGUCCUCGCCGGAGACAUGGGCUUCACCGACCACCACCAGGCCAGCGCCGCCCCGCCGCCCACACGCCACCCAGGCCGUCGCCUCAACCAGAGCGAAACAAGCAUGUUCCUCUCCGAAUCCACCGCACCCUCCUUCUGGCACAACGCCAACACGCCCUUUGCCGAGGCCGUCGAGAAGCAGCGCGUCAAAUCCGUCCACUAUGCCUUCCUCCGCCACUCGUGGAAUCGCGUCGACUUUGUCGCCAUCCUCGCCUUCUGGAUCGCCUUCGCCCUCGCCCUCACCCACCAGGAAGCCACCCCGAACCACCACAUCUACAUCUUUCGCGCGCUCAGCGUGCUCCGAUGCGCACGUCUCCUCACCGCCACCAGCGGCACCACCACCAUCCUCCACUCGCUCAAGACCUCCGCCUUCAUCCUGCUCAGCGUAACCUUCUUCACCGGAUUCGCCAUGCUCCUCUUUGGCAUCAUCGGCAUUCAGAGCUUCCAGGGCUCCUACCGCAGGAACUGCGUCUGGCUCGGCGACCUCAACGGUCAGCCCGGUCAGAACAACACCCUCUCCCAGCUCUGCGGAGGCUACUGGACCACGGCGGGAGACAAGCUCGGCCACCUUCUCGCCAACGGCAGCCCGUCCGGCUCGUCCCCCAAGGGAUUCAUCUGUCCGCGCGGUCAGAUCUGCCUCGAGCAGCAGUCGAAUCCGCAGAGCAACACGCAGUCGUUCGACAACAUUGUCACCUCGCUCCUCGAGGUCGUCAUCGUCAUCUCGUCCAACAACUGGUCGCAGACCAUGUACGACAUGAUCGACGCAGACUACUACGCCUCCUGCAUCUACUUUAUCAUAGGCAUCAUCGUGCUCAACUUUUGGCUUGCCAACUUGUUCGUCGCCGUCAUCACAAACAGCUUUGCCACGCUCACCGCGCGCACACAGCGCAGCGCCUUUGCCGAUCAGAAGCUGCAGGACCCAGCUGCCGAUGCCGAAAAGCAGCCAAGCUCGAGGGGAAGGCUCAAGAGCCUUGCGCUUGGCUUCAAGCGCGUCUGGGGGUAUACAAAGUAUCUCUGGAUCCUCGCGAUCAUCUUUGAUGUUGCGAUCCAGGCCUCGCGCGCCACCUACCUGCCUCCAAGCGAGCUGCAGAAACGAUCGCGCAUCGAGCUCUACUUUACGCUAGCCUUCGACCUCGAGAUCGCCAUGCGCUUCUUGGCGUUUGUGCUGGAUGGAGACUGGCGCGCAUUCCUCGCCUCCAAGCAGAACCGUGCCGACUUGACGCUGGCCUUCAUCACCAGCAUCAUCCAGAUCCCCGUGAUCAAAAACUCGGACGUGUAUGCGUGGCUGACGUUCUUCCAGCUGGCUCGCUUCUACCGCGUGAUCGCGGCGAUCCCGCGCAUGCGCGUGCUGCUCGUCCGCGCCUUCGGCUCGCUCAACAAGAUGCUCAACAUGGUGCUCUUCCUGCUCCUCAUGGUCGGUCUCGCAUCGCUCAUCGCAACCCAGCUCUUCCGUGGAGAUAUACCCCAGGACGACGACGGCGAGUGGACAGAGAUGACGUUCAAACACUCGUUCAACUCCUUCCUCGCCAUGUACCAGAUCUUCACCUCGGAAAACUGGACCGACGUGCUCUUCAGCGCCACCUCGACGGGCGUCGAGUUCAAGCAGGCCGUCAUCGCCGCCAUCUUCUUGUCCGGCUGGUUCCUAUUUGCCAACUUCAUCGUGCUCCAGAUGUUCAUCGCGGUGAUCAACGAGAACUUCAGCGUGGCAGAGAGCGAGAAGCGCCAGCAGCAGCUGGAGCAGUAUCUGCGCCGAAACGAGCCAAGACCCAUCACGCUCACCCAGCGCAUCCUCGACAAGAUCAGUCCGUACCGAUACUUGAAGAGGCGCAAUGCCGCGCACACCGGCUCCGCUGCUUCGGAUCCGGCGAGAAGCGACCAAGGCGCGGGAUUGGGCGCGCGCACCAACAAGAUCGUCGGCGGCUCCAAGAUCGAUGCGCGCACCGACGAGAAGAAGGCGCGCCCGCUCUCCAUGCAUCACGUCGUGGAUACUUCGACGGCGACGGCACAGCGCACGGUCAAUACGGUGCGCAAGAUGCUCCGCCUCGACAAGCCCGAAGAGGCCGUGCCGCUCGACAACCUCAAUGCGCGCAGGCUGCGCAGCAGCAUCCACGCCGACGACAUGCUGCAGCCAGACGCCCGCGCACACGCUGCGACGUACGAUGCGGAUCCGUCAGACAAGGCCGCACACGAGUUUGCCAGCAACCGACGACUGGCGCGCAUGCGCUCCGAUCUGGGGCUCGCCACCGGGAACGACGAUGCAGCAGUGUUCCUGCAGCGCUCGCCCAGCGACGCGCGCAUCCAGCAGGCCAAGUUCAUCGCAAGCCAUCCGUCGUACGACAAGUCGUACUUUCUGUUUUCCAACCACAACCGCUUCCGUCGCUUCUGCCAGAGCCUUGUGCCCUCGUCGCAUGGGGAAAGACUGUUUGGAAGGCCCGUGUCGCCGUUCAGGCACAAGCUGUUCCAGAUCGCCGUAUUCCUCGCCAUUGUCGGUUCGGUGGUGUCGGCGGCGAUCGCGACGCCCGUCUACCGACGCGACUACUACGACAGGUACGGCCUGAUCCGUGCCUCGUGGUUCUCGAUCCUCGAGCUCAGCCUGUCGUCGCUGUUUCUGGCCGAGUUUGCGGUCAAGACGGUGGCGGACGGGUUGGCAUUCACGCCAAAUGCGUACGUGCUGAGCGUGUGGAACGCGCUGGACCUGUUUGUGCUUGUCACGCUCCUCGUCAACGUCGCCACCGAGUUGGCGGUGAUCGGCGGUGUGUCGCGCUUCACGCGCGCGCUCAAGGCCUUCCGCGCGCUCAGGCUCAUCAACCUCUCGUCGCUCAUGCGAGACACCUUCCAUGCGGUCAUGAUCGCGGGUGCGGGCAGGAUCCUCGACGCGUCCAUCCUGUCGAUCCUCUACAUCAUCCCGUACGCCGUGUGGGGACAGAACCUGUUUGCCGGUCUGCUCUACUCGUGCAACGACGGCUCGGAUGCGAUCAAGGGAAAGUUCGAGUGCGCGGGAGAGUUUAUGAACUCGCCCGGCGACUUUAACUUCCUCGCCCCGCGCGUGUGGGGCAAUCCGACCGAAGGCAGCGUGUACUCGUUUGACGACUUCAAGGGCGCACUGCUGAUCUUGUUCGAGAUCAUCUCGCUCGAGGGCUGGAUUGACGUCAUGACCGCCGCCAUGAGUGUGGCGGGCAAGGAUCGGCAGCUGCAGAACGACAACCGCCAAGUCAACGCGCUCUUCUUCUUGAUCUACAACCUCGUCGGCAGCACCACGGUGCUCACGCUCUUCGUGUCGGUGAUCAUCGAAAACUUCCAGACCUUCUCCGGUGCAGCGUACCAGACGGCGGCUCAGAGACAGUGGAUCGAUCUGCGCCGCUUGAUCGUUCGACAGCGGCCGUCGAAGCGGCCGAAGCGUAGGCCCGGCCAGAGCCUGCGCGCGUGGUGCUACGACCGCACGCUCAACAAGAACGGUUGGUGGAGUAGGGGGAUGACGCUCAUGUACGUCGCCACGAUCGUGACGCUCAUGACGCAGCAGUACGCCGAUCCCGACUGGGCCAACCGGCUGCGCGACGCCCUCUACCUCGGCUUUACGGCGGUGUAUGCGCUCGACAUUGCAGCGAGGCUGUUGGGCCUCGGAUGGCGCAGCUUCCGCGAAAACCCUUGGAACUUGUACGACCUCUUUGUCGUGUCUGGCACGCUGGCUACCACAUUGCCGCUGCUGACGGGCGCCAACGAGACGCAGGCGAUCGUGCAGCUGCAGAAGCUGUUCUUGGUGUGCGUGGCGCUCAAGCUGGUGCAGAAGAACCGCUCGCUCAACCAGCUGUUCAAGACGGCAUUUGCAUCGCUGCCGGCGAUCCUGUCGCUCUUCCUGCUGUGGCUGACCAUGUUCCUGGUGUGGGCGAUCAUGCUGGUCGAGGUGUUUGGAUUGACAAAGUGGGGCGCCAACGAGACGUACGCCAAGAAUUUUUCGACUAUGAUCGGCUCGCUCGUCUUCCUCAGCAUGAUCUCCACCGGCGAAGGAUGGAACAGCUUCAUGCACGACUAUACCGUCUCGCCGCCGCAGUGCACGCCGUCGGCCAACUACCUCACGAGCGACUGCGGCAGCGAGGCGUGGGCCUACGUGCUCUUCAUCGGCUGGAACGUCAUCUCGAUGUACAUCUUCCUCAACAUGUUCACCGGUACUGUGGUGGAGAACUUUUCGUACAUCUUUGACCUCGGCAGCAAGGCGGUGCUCUCCUCGAGCGACAUUCGCCACUUCAAGAGCAGCUGGGCUAGGUUCGAUCGGGCCAGGAAGGGGUACAUUAAGAAAGAGCAGAUUGUGCCGUUCCUCGCGUUGGUAAAGGGAGGACUCGAGGUAGCGCUCUAUCCGCCAGAGUGUAGCUUGCGCGUGCUCAGGGCGGCGCUAAGCCAAGAGGUGCCGGCGAGUCCCACGGUGGCGGGAGGGAAGGGGAGGGGCGCGCUCGACUUUUUGAAGAGUGCGUCGCCGUUGCGAUCGCCCCUGCGCGACGGCAAGGCCAAGGAUGCCUUCUUUAACUGGCCCGCCUCGCCCACCUCGCUCACACCUCAGGAGGAUGCGGGGCAGACGGAUGCAGAACGUCUGGCGCGCGCGCUGGCGAGCGUCGAUGCGGGCGAGCUGCGCAUGCGACGCGAGCGUUUCAACCGCGUAUACCACGAAGCUGUGCUGGUGGCGCAUCCACGCAAGGGCGUGAGCUUCACCGACAUGAUGCUGGUGCUGGCGCGCGCGAAGCUCAUCGAUGCCCACGAGGCGCUCAGCAUCGACGAGCUCGUCGAACGCACGGCAAUGUCCGAACGCAUCGACCACCAACUGCGCCUCGACCGGGUCCGCGGCCUGCUCAAAGUAGGAUACCUCCGCCGCAGGUUCCUCGCCCUCCGCGCCCAAAUGCACACCGACGGCGUACCCACCAUCACGCUCAACGACGACCACCCCAGCUCCUCCCGCCCAGCACUCGCACUGCAAAUCCCCACGGAGCGGGAAGAAGAGGGUGGAUUGCGCAGCGGCGUGUCGAGGGAGGAGGUGGUGCGCAGAGCGUCGCCCGCCAUCGAGUCGUUCGAACAGACCGCCUGGGGCGAAGUCAUGAAACGCAUCGACUCGGCCAGCAGCUCACAGCACCACACCGACUCCAAAGACGGUUGGUUCUAG